UAACUCUGCAAAACUAACACCCACAGAGUUAGUGUUGUUGUAAAUUUUGGUCGUUUCUCGCGGAGUAACGCUGUUGAGUGUUCAACUUGACCACGCCUUUCAGUUCCUGUGAAGAAGCGCCUUAAAGUGUGCGGUCGCCAUUUUUCCAUGUCGCAUGGGGUGAACUGGCCUGCAACAGGGAGCAUACGAGCGGUAACAGCAGAUGAGAGAGGGAGAGAAAGGCUGUGAUAUGCUGGUUCCUGUAGAGUAUAAGGGAGUGAGUAAAUGGGUCAGGGUGCCAAAGACAGAAGAUGUCUACAGUUACCAAGAAUUUGUAGAAGGAGUGCUGGUGAAAUUCAAUUUGCCAGAUUUUACAUCUUUGAUGCUGAAGGAUUCUGCAGGAGUGGAAGUGGAUGAGGACAUAUUUGAUGAACUUUUGAAGUCAUCGGGGGUGUCUUUUAAAGCCUUCACUGAAGGAUGUCAUGAUGACAGUGUUGAGGAUUCUUCUUCAGAGGCCUCAUUCUCAGAGUGGUCCCCAUCACGUGCAUCUGGGGCGUCAUCAUCAUCGGGUUCAGAUGUAACAAUAAUAUUGGAAUCCACCAAAGCACGCAAAAGACAGCUGAUUGAAGGGCCCCCUGACAGCAUUAUAGCAAAAGAUACUGUUAUGGUAGCCCUGCAUUCAAAGCCAGGUGGUAAUCAAAUAUUCAAAGAAUAUGAGAAAACAAACCGUCUUUCUGAUGGUACAAGAAGAAAGAUGGUGAACAUACUCGUGGCUGACAUGGUAGAGACUCAUGGGAGGAUCCCCCCAGUAAAUGUCCGCGUAACAUAUGCACUUGGCAUUACAACGUUGUUCCCCAACUUGAAGGACCCAGAUUCAAAGAAUGGUUAUGAACAUUUUUAUGACCACCAGAGUGGGUCUGGCUACCUAGCAUGGAGGUUGAAAACCGUCCAGCGCAACUCUACUGGAGAGAUAAAGAAAUCCAAGUCAUGUUUUCAACAAGGUCCCAAGACUUCUCGCAACAUGUGUUCAGUUGUGAAGCAGUUGUCUGGUGAUGAAUGCAAGGAGGCUAUGUCAGUGAUGAGGCACUCAGCUGACAAAAAGCUUGUUAAAGAAAAAAUGAUGGCAACAUUUCAGCACAGACAAAAGGUGGUUCAAGAUCCAGCUACAACCUCCACUGUCCUGGACCAUUUCCCAAGAUUUCUAGAUACCCCUGGCUUGAUUGAUCAAGAUUUCACAAUGCUCUUUGGUGAAGAAGUGUCGGGUAAAUUCCUGGCAAGAUGGCCAACAUUCUUCAAACCGAGGAUCAUCUCAGAUUGCAAAAAUCUUCCUGAAAGUGCUCAUGUCAGUGAGCUCCUUUUGUCUGCACAACAAGAGUCUGAAGAUUGUGUCUGGGACUCUGAGGUGGCUGCCAUCCUUUUGCUUCUUCAUCUGUUACCUCCAACAUCCAAGGGUAGGAAAGCUUCAAAGAUUAGCACAUCUGAUGCUGCUGACCGGCUGGUGAAGUUCAUUAAGGUGGGGCGAAGCAUGGAUGCCUUCCUCAAAGAAACUGGGCCUGUUCAACCACUUCUUCUGUGUGUCGGAGAAAGAAAGAACAGCAUUCAAAAUUUCUACAUUGUCCUGGACCAAAAAGUCAUUCCCUGUUCAACGCAGACCGGAGUUGCUGCCUUUGAUGAGCUGUUCAAGGCCCAUUUUGCUUUUGCUGUGUCCUAUGACGAGGCAUUGAACAACUUCUACACAUUCAUCCAGACCACUGUGUACGGCAUCGAUGUUGGUGUUAUGAAGGAGAGUCCUCGAGUCAAAGAAAUCAGAGCAAGACUUCUUCAUACUGCAGUUUGAAGAACACAUCUUUGCCUGGAAAUAUGUUCAUGUGUUACAUUUGCAAGGUACACCACACAAGUUGUUCAUUGUUAUUUAGACAUUUGAAGUUUCAGCAUGGUCUGUACCCAGGAAAGUCUUUGCGUUUGAAUUGUGGAGAGCCUGGAUGUUCCUUUGUGUUUUUGACAUAUUCUGGUUACAAGCGGCAUUUAUCUCGAGCACAUGGAAAUGGUGUUGAUUCAGAUGUUGUCAACAGUUUUGAGCCUGUUGCUAAUGUUGGAGCCUCAGUAUCCCAGCCAGUAAAUGCUGAUACUUCUGUGACUGUCACAACUCACAUUCCAAUUGAAAAAAGGCAAAUACAAGACAUGUGCAGCUCUAUUGUUGCUCAAGUACAAGCCUCAGGAGUUCCAGAGAGUACUGUCCAAUCUUUAGUUGGCUCAAUGGAGGAACUGGUCAAUGACAUCCAUGCACAUGCAAAAGAAGCUGUUGUUGAAUGUUUGUCAUCUGAUGCAUCCAGAGAAACAUUAGAAAAAGUCCAAGAUUGUUUUGAUCAACUUCAAAAUCCAUUCUCAUGUCUUAACACAGAGUGUAAAAGGUUGAGACAUUUUGAGAAAAAAUGGAAAAUAGUUGAGCCUGUAGAGCAUAUUCUUGGUGUCCGCUUUGACAUACGUAGAGACAAAACGACAGGCACAUACAGGCAAAUUCCUGUCAAUGACAAGUUCAUGUAUGUACCCAUUAUGGGGUCUCUUUCAUCCAUGUUUAGGAACAGUGAACUGUGCAACAGUUUUAAAAAGGCAAAACCACACCAGGAUGGGGUCUACAGGGAUGUUAAUGAUGGUUCUUACUUCAGCAAUCACAUUUUAUUUUCACAGCAAGAAUAUGCUCUUCAGAUCCAGCUCUACUAUGAUGAUUUUGAAACUGCCAACCCCUUAGGCUCAAAAAGAGGUGUACACAAACUUGGUUGUAUUUAUUUUGUUUUGAGAAAUUUGCCACCAAAGCUGAAUUCUGUGUUGAUGAACAUUCAUCUUGUUGCCCUCUUUCACUCAGAUGACCUAAAAAAAUAUGGAUUUGAUCCUAUUCUGAAGCCACUUGUUGAUGAUCUAAAGAUGUUAGAGACAGAAGGGAUGCAGCUGCCGUUUUCAGCUUCAACUGUGAAAGGCUCAAUUUUUCAGGUUACUGGUGACAACUUAGCUUUACAUGGCCUCUUUGGGUUUGUUGAAUCAUUUAAUGCUAAUUAUUCUUGUCGCUUUUGUUUAACUGAUAGAAUAGAGUUGCAGUCAGUUUUUAGUGAGGAUCAUCCAGGUUUAACUCUACGUUCAAAAGACCUCCAUUCACAACAUUGCAGUGCCAUUCAACAAAAUCCUUCUCUGACCUCAGUAUUUGGUGUCAAAAGAACCUGUUUGCUCAAUUCUCUUCAGCUGUAUCAUACUUCAGACAAUUUUGCUGUUGAUAUUAUGCAUGAUCUGUUGGAAGGAGUGGUGCAGUACGAGUUAAAGCUUGUGUUUCAGUAUUUGAUUAAGAACUCCAUAUCCUUGAAUUCAUUGUUGGAGAGAAUAAUGAGUUUUAAUUAUGGGUUCACCCAGAGAAAAAACAGACCAGGUCUGUUAAAAUUAGAUGACAAUAGCAAGGAUCUUGGGCUUAAUGCUAUUCAAUCUUGGUGCCUUUUACGAAACACCCCAUUAAUGUUUGGAGAUUUAGUUAGCAGGGAUGGUAGCUGCUGGAACUUGCUACUUCUCUUAAUACAAAUUGUAAACAUUGUCUUUGCACCUAUUGUUACCCAUGGUAUGACUUGCUAUUUGAAGCAUCUGAUUUUGGAUCAUCACACACUUUUUAAAUCUGUCUUUCCAGAGCGAAAUUUGAUUCCAAAGCAUCACCUAAUGAUCCAUUACCCAAGUUGUAUUCGGAAAAUUGGGCCACUUAUUCACAUGUGGUGCAUGAGGUUUGAAGGAAAACACAAUUUUUUCAAAAAGUGUGUGAAGAACUUCAAAAACAUCACAAAAACUCUUGUUAAGAAACACCAGAAUCAGUUGGCUUUUCAUUUUGAAAACUUCUACUUCAAAAGAUUACAGUUUGGCUCUAUUAGUGAAGUCUUGGCUAGCAGUUUAGAGGGCAGUGAGGCACUGAAUGAAAGGUUUGGUGUGUCUUGUUUUGUUUCUACAACUUCCUGGGUCAAAAGCUAUGGUACAGAGUACCAAGUUGGGAUGUACGUAUGCACUGGUGUUGACAAUGAGAUGCCUUUGUUCAACAGGAUCAUCAGUAUAAUUGUUAGAGAUGACAAUGUUUAUCUUCUAACUUGCAAAGUCUCUACAUUGUAUUUUGAUGACCACCUAAAUGCAUUUACUAUCGGGGAAAGAACAGAUGGUUUCACCCUUGUUUGUAUAGAUGAUCUUGUGUAUUACAGAUCUUAUGAUCAGCAGUUUGCAUAUGACUCUGAACAAAUCUAUAUUGUGCCAUACAGUGUUUUUAUUCCAUGCUAAAAUGUUCAGAUUUUGUUGGUGUACCUGUAUUUUUUAAUAAAAAAAAUAUUUUUGUACAACUUA